AUGGCUGACCUUGCAGAAGUAUAUCAUGAAUAAUUUGUUAUUGGCAAACUUUGCCAUGAAAUGAGUAGCAGCAGUAAAAAACCAUCACUAGACCGGCCCAGUUAGAAAACACAUUUCUCACUCGCUAAAUGCAUAAUUAAAGCUGCAAUUUGUAACUUUUUGGGCAACCCGACAACAUUCACAUAGAAAUGUGAGUUUAUUGUAGAUAUGUCGUUCUCAUUGAAGGCAAGUCUAAGCAGCAGUAGAUCUGUUCUAUGUGCUCUAGUUUUGUACACCAGCUUCAAACAGCUGAAAAUACAAUAUUUUUUGUAUGGAAAAUAUAUUUCACAGUGGUUUAGAUGGUACAAUGAUUCUCUACACUAUACUUGUUUUGUCAAAUAAAUUGAAAAUAGGUGGACUAUUUUGAAUUUUAGCAACCAGGAAAUGGAGGAGCGAUUUCUACAUAGUCCAUCUUUAAAGUGCCAUAUGCACAAUUAAAGGAGAAUUACACAAAAAGUCUUAAUGUGUUCGUUUUCUUCCAGACCUAAAAAAAUUGUUUUCUUCAGAUGCAUUGACAUGGACUCAGAACAUCCAAUUAUGUUGUUUCUCUGUGAACAAUUAUAAUUUUGAGAAAAAAAUAAAUAAAAAUAAAAAAUAAAACUGAGAAAACAUAAUUUGGGAAAAUAUAACACAUAAUUGGGAACAAUAUCCCAGAUUUUAUAGGGCCCCCUUAGUUAUUUUAUUAACCAUUAUUUUACCAGGUAAAUUGACAGCAAACAUAGUGCACUACAUUCUCUUGUACACUAAGGACCUGGGGAAGAGUUGCAGGGGAGAAGAGAAGAAUGUUCCUAUUUGAAAUUAACAAAAAAAAGUGUAGCUCGCAACGUUUCAUUUUUUAAAAGUAGCUCUCAUGCUAUAAAAGGUUGGAGACCCCUGGCCUAGGCUAUAAUCCCCCUAAACAUGGACAGGUUCCACACUGAAGAUAUACAAAAAAGAUAGCCGCAAUUCAUCCCCAUGCAGUGUUCAAUGUGGAAUUGUUAAUACAUUUAGAAAAUUCCAAAGAACAGGCAAAAUAAAAAAGUUGAACAUCUGUAUAUCGAAAAGAAGACAGAUUUUGGUUUGUAACCCUGAAAAAGUAUUUCAACUCGCCAAAUUGAGUCCCAUUUCAAAUGAUCCCUGAGAAUAACUGUUCUAGACGAGAGAUGCGCAUCACUUCACACUAUUGUUUUAUUUUGUUCUGAUCUUUUACAUCAUGUUUUUUACUAUAAAAUAGCACUGUGAUAAGGGCUCUGGAAAUAAGAGGGACUUGUCUGCUAAAUUAACAAAACAAGGCUAUGCCAUUGCACAGCCAUAGGCUAGGUUACUAGAUUGUGUUCCACGAUAUAAUAUAACCAGCUGAUAUUACGGUUUAAGUAAUUUAAUUUUAAAUGGCACUUGUUUUUUUAUUGACUGAAUAUAUAUAUAUAUAUAUAUAUAUAUAUAUAUAUAUAUAUAUAUACACACAGUGGGGAGAACAAGUAUUUGAUACACUGCCGAUUUUGCAGGUUUUCCUACUUACAAAGCAUGUAGAGGUCUGUAAUUUUUAUCAUAGGUACACUUCAACUGUGAGAGACGGAAUCUAAAACAAAAAUCCAGAAAAUCACAUUGUAUGAUUUUUAAGUAAUUGAUUUGCAUUUUAUUGCAGGACAUAAGUAUUUGAUACAUCAGAAAAGCAUAACUUAAUAUUUGGUACAGAAACCUUUGUUUGCAAUUACAGAGAUCAUACGUUUCCUGUAGGUCUUGACCAGGUUUGCACACACUGCAGCAGGGAUUUUGGCCCACUCCUCCAUACAAACAUUCUCCAGAUCCUUCAGGUUUCGGGGCUGUCGCUGGGCAAUACGGACAUUCAGCUCCCUCCAAAGAUUUUCUAUUGGGUUCAGGUCUGGAGACUGGCUAGGCCACUCCAGGACCUUGAGAUGCUUCUUACGGAGCCACUCCUUAGUUGCCCUGGCUGUGUGUUUCGGGUCGUUGUCAUGCUGGAAGAUCCAGCCACGACCCAUCUUCAAUGCUCUUACUGAGGGAAGGAGGUUGUUGGCCAAGAUCUCGCGAUACAUGGCCCCAUCCAUCCUCCCCUCAAAACGGUGCAGUCGUCCUGUCCCCUUUGCAGAAAAGCAUCCCCAAAGAAUGAUGUUUCCACCUCCAUGCUUCACGGUUGGGAUGGUGUUCUUGGGGUUGUACUCAUCCUUCUUCUUCCUCCAAACACGGCGAAUGGAGUUUAGACCAAAAAGCUCUAUUUUUGUCUCAUCAGACCACAUGACCUACUCCCAUUCCUCCUCUGGAUCAUCCAGAUGGUCAUUGGCAAACUUCAGACGGGCCUGGACAUGCGCUGGCUUGAGCAGGGGGACCUUGCGUGCGCUGCAGGAUUUUAAUCCAUGACGGCGUAGUGUGUUACUAAUGGUUUUCUUUGAGACUGUUGUCCCAGCUCUCUUCAGGUCAUUGACCAGGUCCUACCAUGUAGUUCUGGGCUGAUCCUUCACCUUCCUCAUGAUCAUUGAUGCCCCACGAGGUGAGAUCUUGCAUGGAGCCCCAGACCGAGGGUGAUUGACCGUCAUCUUGAACUUCUUCCAUUUUCUAAUAAUUGCGCCAACAGUUGUUGCCUUCUCACCAAGCUGCUUGCCUAUUGUCCUGUAGCCCAUCCCAGCCUUGUGCAGGUCUACAAUUUUAUCCCUGAUGUCCUUACACAGCUCUCUGGUCUUGGCCAUUGUGGAGAGGUUGGAGUCUGUUUGAUUGAGUGUGUGGAUAGGUGUCUUUUAUACAGGUAACAAGUUCAAACAGGUGCAGUUAAUACAGGUAAUGAGUGGAGAACAGGAGGGCUUCUUAAAGAAAAACGAACAGGUCUGUGAGAGCCGGAAUUCUUCCUGGUUGGUAGGUGAUCAAAUACUUAUGUCAUGUAAUAAAAUGCAAAAUAAUUACUUAAAAAUCAUACAAUGUGAUUUUCUGGAUUUUGGUUUUAGAUUCUGUCUCUCACAGUUGAAGUGUACCUAUGAUAAAAUUACAGACCUCUACAUGCUUUGUAAGUAGGAAAACCUGCAAAAUUGGCAGUGUAUCAAAUACUUGUUCUCCCCACUGUAUGUAUGUAUGUAUGUAUGUAUGUAUAUAUAUAUAUAUAUAUAUAUACAUACAUACAUACAUACAUACAUACAUACAUACAUACAUACAUACAUACAUACAUACAUACAUACAUACAUACAUACACUACCGUUCAAAAGUUAGGGGUCACUUAGAAAUGUCCUUGUUUUCAAAAGAAAAGCAAUUUUUUUGUCCAUUAAAAUAACAUCAAAUUGAUAAGAAAUAGUGUAGAUGUUAUAAAUGUUGUAAAUGGCUAUUGUAGCUGGAAACAGCUAAUUUUUAAUGGAAUAUCUACAUAGGUGUACAGAGGCCCAUUAUCAGCAACCAUCAGCCCUGUGUUCCAAUGGCACGUUGUGUUUGCUAAUCCAAGUUUAUCAUUUUAAAAGGCUAAUUGAUCAUUAGAAAACCCUUUUGCAAUUAUGUUAGCACAGUUGGAAACUGUUGUGCUGAUUAAAUAACCAAUAAAACUGGCCUUCUUGAGACUAGUUGAAUAUCUGGAGCAUCAGCAAUUGUGGGUUCGAUUACAGGCUCAAAAUGGCCAGAAACAAAUAACUUUCUUCUGAAACUUGUCAGUCUAUUCAUGUUCUGAGAAAUGAAGGCUAUUCCAUGAGAGAACUUGCAAAGAAACUGAAGAUCUCGUACAACGCUGUGUACUACUCCCUUCACAGAACAGCGCAAACUGGCUCUAACCAGAAUAGAAAGAGGAGUGGGAGGCCCUGGUGCACAACUGAGCAAGAGGACAAAUACAUUAGUGUCUAGUUUGAGAAACAGACGCCUCACAGGUCCUCAACUGGCAGCUUCAUUAAAUAGUACCUGCAAAACACCAGUCUCAACGUCAACAGUGAAGAGGCGACUCCGGCGCUCGUCAAAAGUAGUGCGCUAUGUAGGGAAUAGGGUGCCAUUUGGGACGCAGACAGUAUUAUUUAUGAUGCAACACUAGGCAAUAGGAGCCCUGCAGUGUAGUAGUGUGUUUUGGAGUUAGGUAGAAAUGUCCCUUCUAACCACUCAUACUGGAUCAGAUCUGUUUUAAUUCCUCUCAAUGCUUAAAGAUGCCUUCCAGGAUCUUAAGCAUUUACAAAUUCGUAACAUAUUGUAUUUUUUUCAAUUCGGAACAUAUCACAGGAAAUGUGCACAAUUAUUGGGAACCCGUUUUGGCUCAUGAGCACUACUUUCAAAACUACUGGCUGAAAUUAUACAAGACCUCUGGAGCAUCACUUUAAGGUUUGGAUUUGGGAAACUGGGGCCGAAUGUAGAUCAAGCAUCUCAGAGUGCUGAUUUAGGAACAUUUCGAUCACAAUAAUACAAUUACAUGGACAUGGGGACCUGAUCCUAAAUCAGCACUCCUCUGAGAUGUUUGAUACGUACGGGCCCUGAUCUGAGAUCUGUGGUACUUCUACCUAUUCCAAUGCUCGAGGUACAAGUUGCUGCAUAGCACUGAGGGUCAGAUCUACACUAUAUAUACAAAAGUAUGUGGACACUUCAAAUGAGUGGAUUCAGCUAUUUCGACCACACCCGUUGCUGACAGGUGUUUAAAAUCGAGUACACAGCCAUGCAAUCUCCAUAGACAGACAUUGGGAGUAGAAUGGCCUUAUUGAAGAUCUCAGUGACUUUCAACGUGGCACCGUCAUAGGAUGCCACCUUUCCAACAAGUCAGUUCGUCAAAAUUUCUGCCCUGCUAGAGCUGUCCCGGUCAACUAUGAGCUGUUAUUGUGAAGUGGAAACGUCUAGGAGCAACAGCGGCUCAGCCGCAAAGUGGUAGGCCACACAAGCUCACAGAACGGGACCGCUGAAGUGCAUAGCUCGUAAAAAUCGUCUGUCCUCGGUUGCAACACUCCAUACCGAGUUCCAAACUGCCUCUGGAAGCAACGUUAGCACAAGAACUGUUCGUAGGGCGCUUCAUGAAAUGGGUUUCCAUGGUUCGAGCAGCUGCACAAUGCGCAAUGCCAAGCGUCGGCUGGAGUGGUGUAAAGCGCGCCGCCAUUGGACUCGGAGCAGUGGAAACGCGUUCUCUGGCGUGAUGAAAUCACGCUUCACCAUCUAGUAGUCCGACGGACAAAUCUGGGUUUUGGCGGAUGCCAGGAGAACGCUACCUGCCCGAAUACAUAGUGCCAACUGUAAAGUUUGGUGGAGGAGGAAUAAUGGUCUGUGGCUGUUUUUUAUGGUUCGGGGCUAGGCCCCUUAGUUCCAGUGAAGGGAAAUCUUAACGCUUAAACAUAACAUAAAAUGACAUUCUAGACAAUUCUGUGCUUCCAACUUUGUGGCAACAGUUUGGGGAAGGCCCUUUCCUGUUUUCCUGUUCCUGUUUCAGCAUGACAAUGCCCCUGUGCACAAAGCGAGGUCCAUACAGUAAUGGUUUGUUGAGAUCAGUGUGGAAGGACUUGACUGGCCUACACAGAGCCCUGUCCUCAACCCCAUCGAACACCUUUGGGAUGAUUUGGAACGCCGACUGCGAGCCAGGCCUAAUCGCCUAACAUCAGUGCACGACCUCACUAAUUCUCUUGUGGCUGAAUGGAAGCAAGUCCCCGCAGCGAUGUUCCAACAUCCAGUGGAAAGCCUUCCCAGAAGAGUUGAGGCUGUUAUAGCAGCAACUCCAUAUUAAUGCCUGUGAUUUUGGAAUGAGAUGUUCGACGAGCAGGUGUCCACAUACUUUUGGUCAUGUAGUGUAUUUCCAUCCCCUAAGGAUGGAGGAAAUUGGGUAAACUGACCUGGAAUGGGUCGUUAGGGGCGAUUUCUAUCUGUUGGUUGUCUGUCUGUGAACUGAUUUGGGAUCUGUGGGUAGGUGUGACUGGUUUUUGGUGAUUGGUUGUGUGUCUGUGAUCUGAUCUGGGUUCUGUGGUUGUUUGUGUGCAGGAUCAUGAGAUCUGCAUGCUGGGUGAGGUGACCCACCUGCAGACCAUCCUGGAAGACCUGAGCACCCUGACAGCCGAGCCCAGCAAACUGCCCCCCGCCAGCGAACAGGUUAGAUGGAUGAUUCAUACACACAACCAAACACUUGACACAGACGUCUAUACUUUCACAAAAACAACAUGGACACACACACGCUCGUUAGUGCCACACACACACUGACAUCAAUAAACCUUCACAAAUGCACUUAACCACAUACUCACACACAGUGUUAGAAACUCCCACUUAUCCAUAUUCUCAUUCUCCUACAUUGAAACUCUUUUUUUCUCCCUACUUCUCAACAGGUGAUCCUGGAUCUGAAGGGAUCCCACUACAGCUAUAGUUACCAGACGCCCCCUGCCUCCCCCAGCAACACACUGUCCCGCAAGAGCAGCAUCGGCGGGUAGCUGAACCCACACACACGCACGCAUAAACACACACACACCACACUCACAUACACACUCUACACAAAGUACUCAGGUAGACAUAUUGGCACACACAUACACACUGAUUCACACCAAAUGUGCUGCCUUUGACACUGCAUGGGGGGGCCAUCUUGACAUUUAGAGAGCUCACCAAAGAAGCAGAGUUGGAAGAGGGGAAGAAGGGUUGGGGGUGCAGGAAGAGGAACUGUAUCAAACGGAUAGUAAUGGCAGCAUCAGCUAAGUGAAGUUCAGUGUGUCUGUGCUAUCACACUGCCUGGAGCCAGCUAAGGAAGUGUGCUCCCCGUAACAGGGUUCAAUGGGGUGCCAUUUGGGACGCAGCCUUGUAGAGGGAUGAUGAAGAGAGCAGACAACUGAGUAAAGUUCAGAGAGGACAAGUGAAGUUGAGCCAAGGGAACUGAAAAAGAACAUGCGUGGCGGCAUGUCUCUUUACCAUCCCGGCCUGGGAUGACACACCACACACACAGCAUGCACAGAACACAUCCAAUCGCUCAAAGACACGUGCGCGCACACACACACAUACACACACAUGUUCCUGGCUGCAUCUCACUGUAUGUGCGAGGGUAAUGUGUGUGUGUGUGUGUGUGUGUGUGUGUGUGUGAAGGGAAUACACGUCAGUAUCCCUUUGCCUGUGUGUGUUGAGUGUACUGGUCUUCCAGGCCAAAACCCUCGUCCCCCAGGUGGUGGUUGAGGUAGGGGAUGACUUCCUCCAUCAUACACACAGGCUAGAAGGGUUAGCAGGCCAGUGGGAGAAGGACUAGGCCUAGAUCUCAAGUCUCCAUAAGGUGCGCUCAAAUUUAAAUGAGCCAAGGCAAAUCAAAUCCCCAAGUGCACCACAGCCGAACCGUAGUCUAAAGCACCUGAACGAAACGAAGUACGAUUAUCAGUGGAUUUGAAUGUGUUGAUAUGUAUUCUAUUGGAAUUGAUGUAGCUUAUGACAUUCUCUACGUUAUUUGGUUGGCCAAAAGUGACUAGACUUCUAUAAUGUACAGUUAACAUCAAACAACCGUAUAAACAUUUGCCGCAGAGCAACAGUAGCGAGCCAGCCUGUAUGGGAUAGUCAUUUAGAACGGUAGUUUCUAGUACAUUGUGUUCUCUGGACCAAGCUCAAUUUCCACUUAAGCGGUCAGAAGUUAUUUCCGAAACUUCUACAGCGCUCAAAGCCUGCGGUGUGUUGAUCUAGCAGAGCAUUUAUGCAUUCAAACCAUUAAAAUAAAGAGGACAUGCUUUCUACUUUAGCUAUUAGCAUAGCCAGUACACCAACAUCCAUGAGUGCAUUCACACAUUUAGAUUUAGGAUGUGUCCCAAGUGGUACCCUAUUACCUACAUAGUGCACUGUUUUUGACCAGUGGGCAAAAGUAGUGCACUAUGUAGGGCAGGUCUCUCCAACCCUGUUCAUGGAAAGCUACUGUCCUGUCGGUUUUCAAUCCAACCCCAGUUGUAACUAACCUGAUUCAGUUGCUCAACCAGCUAAUUAUUAGAAUCAGGUGCGCUAGGUUAGGGUUGGAGCGAAAACCUACAGGACGGUAGCUCUCCAGCAACAGGGUUGGAGAGCCCAGAUAUAGGGAAUAGGGUGUCAUUUGGGAUGGAAGUCUUGGGCUACUACAGGACUCGUUCAAGAUAGUUGUAGUGGCUUGGUGCACAUCCACAGUUGAGUUGGCUAAGUGACUUAUGUCUGCUGUGAUUUGCUUAGGGGAUUUUGUGUUCUAGGCUAUUUUAUGUCUGAGCGUGAAUAGGGCAGUACAUAGGGCACCAAAACCGAUUCAAAUGAUCAGAAGUUUAUCUCACUCACUGUCGCUUGGCUCCGUUUCAGAAGAAAUGGUGGCAGUUUUUCAUGUCUGGUUGUCUUUCUCUCCCACUUUCUUUUGUUUCCUGCUCUUUUUCAUUCAUUUACGGUCUCCCCCCCCCCUCUCGCUCUCUCUCAGUAACUACAACUCUGUGAGGCACGUCCCCUCUCUGGACUCCAUCACCUCCUCUAUGGAUGGCAUUCACCUCUGCCCGCCCUCCAUGGAACCAGCACAGGUAACACACACAACUGUCCACACUUUCACAGCUCCAUUCUGAAGUGCUCAAUGCAGAAGCGUGACAGACCCAAUAUUAUUUUGGCUGCUGAAUUUUUCAAAAGCAUCGAUCAUCAUCUCACCUCAUUGCUGCACUUUUGCCCAAGGGGGCUCGAUUGGAAGUCAUUUGAAAAAUUAUGGCAGAGAGUGAUGCGGGCGCUGGAGAUGGGGGUGUGAGCAUGUGCGUCUGGCCAGGUGUGAUGUAGUUGAUGUUUGUGUGACGUUGUCGUUUGUAUAUGUAUGUUUUGUAUUGUUUAAAAAUUAAAUGUUAAAAUUAGUUCAGUCCACUGCAUCAUAGUUCAUUGAGUCAUCGAUUCUCAUAUUCAAGGUAUUGCCCUUUCCUAACUUGACUACUGUUCUAUCUAAACUUUAAACUUAUUUGAAAACCCCAGUAAACAGUUUAAAAGAAAGACCUUGCUCUGUCUGGCCCCCUCCCUCUACCUGAGUUAGUCAUGUUAGACGGUACCCUCUACAACUCCCAUUUCUUGAAACAGAUCAUUCUCUCUAUUCCCUCCCGUCCCCCUUCCGUGGGUAGUGCCGCUCACCCAGUCCGAUGGCACGCUUUGUGGGCUGGGAGGGCACCGCACGCUCCCUCAGCGAGAGCAACUCGCCCACCGCCUCCGUCCGCUCUGGUGCCCGCUGCACCCAUGCCCGCUCUGCCAGCCACGCCAGCCGCAGGGACACCACCGUGAGAAAACUCACCCCUUACUGGCCCCCUGUAUAGCCCCCCCAUGGCGUAAACCCCCCCCAAGCAUGGCCCCCACAUAACUGUGUGUUUGUGUGUGUGGUCUUUACCUCGUGUGUUGGUGUCUGUGUUUUGUGUGAUGUGGUGCAUGUAUGUGUAUGUUUUAACACUAGAAAGGCCUGACCUCGUUGGACCCCCCCCCCCUUCGUGCCAAUGACACGUCUUUUGGACGUCAAUGUUCUGACAGUCUAAUAAAUAGAUUUCAUAUAUGCUAUUGGAACAAUAAUCAUUUUUCAGGUCUUAUGUAACAAUAGAGUACACAUUUUUUGGGGAUAACAUUUUCAUUAGUUUAUGUUGCUAUAAGCUAUAUGGUAAAAAUGAAAAACCACUAAAGACACAGAAUUUCAAGUGUCAAAUAAAUGUUAUUCGUGGAGUGUAAUGAAACAAAAAACAUGUACGUUGGAACACAGUAACCGCUUCUUUUUAUAACGACAAAACAAAUAAAAAAUACCCAAAACACCAAGAGGCGCGGUCAAAUAAAGAAAAUAUCAGUUGCCUAAAAAAUCAGUAUAAGCGCCAAGUGUGCUUGUGAAUAGUGAAAAUCAGCACAAAAGCAAUAAUGGCAUUAUAAUUAAUGUGUCGAUAUGACAGUAGUCAAUUAUUGUCAGUUAUCGGACACAUUAUUUGUGGCCUCGUUCGUGCAGUACAGUAUGUUGUGCAUCUUCACGCAAUGGCAUCAGUUGAAUCUCAUUUAGCUGUUAUCCCUUGUCCUAACAGUUGACACGUUUUGGUCACCUUCACUUGCUUGCAACACUUCCCACAAACAAGUUGCUUGCAGCUGAAACCGGUAUUGGGGGUUCUGUUCCAAGUGCACCCCCUCGCUGGGAACUUGGCUCGCGUGCAAUCUUUGCUGCUGCCUUGGCCCUCAUAUGUCUCUCACGUAGCCCGUGUGCCAGGACUCAUGAUGAAGUCUCUCCUGGUCAUGGUGUUGUUCGUGCACUGCUUGAACAACACGUGCGCGUUGAUAGCAGCCAAGUUAAGCAUGUUGUAGAACACAGCAACAGGCCAGCGGCGAGUUCCUCCUUUCGCUGAGCCAUCCUUACAACCGUGCCAUCUGAUGUAAAACAUCCACACCGACCUAUGGAGUAGAAUAGAGUAGAAAAGGUUAGGAUUAUUUCCCCAUAGGAAUUAUUUUCCAAAUGUGACAGUUCUCCCCUUGCCAACGUAAGGUUCCACAAGCAUCAUCACCACAUUCUCCGACGCUCGUUCACCUGCUGCCCGAUAUGGAUACUUUCCCACAUAUGGAAAGCCGUUCAGCAUUUACUUGGUGUCAGCGGCUAACCAAAACUUGAGUGGGCUGAUAUAGGGUACUGUUUUGAAAUUAUAAUUAGAAUAGAUUAAUUCAAUAGAAUAGCCCUUCAUUCACAAAUGGUGAUUACAUAAUUAUGCAUCGUUCGCUUCCCCUCGCUCAUCAACUCACCCUUUCUCCCCCAUCAUACAAUGCUUAAUUUAUUUAAUCUAUUGUUAUGUGUGAAAUUAGUUUCGGUAUAGUUUAGGUUCAGUUUCGAGGCAAUUAUCUGGGUGAUUAUCAACUGGCCACGGCACCUUCAACUUUCUGGAGAAGGAGGGGGGCAGGCCCUACUGUCGGAGGGCCAGCAGGGGAAAACCAUUCAAAAAAUGACAUGCCAUCCUAAAACUGGUUGUAACACCAGUUCUAAAGUUUUGUGAUAUUAAGAUUCUAACAAUGACAGUGCAUUCGGAAAGUAUUCAGAUCCAUUCUGAAAUAGAUUUUUUUUUUUUUUAUAAUCCUCAUCAAUGUAGCCCAUAAUGACAAAGUGAAAACCGGUUUUCUGUUUAAAAAAAAACAACAGAAAUACCUUAUUUACAUAAGUAUUCAGACCCUUUGUUAUGAGACUCUAAAUUGAGCUCAGGUGCAUCCUGUUAACAUUGAUCAUCCUUGAGAUGUUUCUACAACUUCAUUGGAGUCCACCUGUGGUAAAUUCAAUUGAUUGGACAUGAUCUGGAAAGGCACACACCUGUCUAUAUAAGGUCCCACAGUUGACAGUGCAUGUCAGAGCAAAAACCAAGCCAUGAGGUCGAAGGAAUUGUCCGUAGAGCUUCGAGGCAGGAUUGUGUCGAGGCACAGAUCUACGUUAGGGUACCAAAAAAAGUCUGCAGCAUUGAAGGUCCCCAAGAACAAAGUGGCCUCCAUCAUUCUUAAAUGGGAGAAGUUUGGAACCCCCAAGACUCUUCCUAGAGCUAGCCGCUCGGCCAAACUGAGCAAUCUGGGGAGAAGGGCCUUGGUCAGGGAGGUGACCAAGAACCCGGUGGUCACUCGUGACAGAGAGUUCCUCUGUGGAGAUGGGAGAACCUUCCAGAAGGACAACCAUUUCUGCAGCACUCCACCAAUCAGGCCUUUAUGGUAGAGUGGCCAGACGGAAGCCACUCCUCAGUAAAAGACACAUGACAGCCCGCUUGGAGUUUGCCAAAAGGCACAUAAAGGACUGACCAUGAGAAACAAGAUUCUCUGGUCUGAUGGAACCAAGAUUGAACUCUGGCUGAAUGCCAAGCGUCACGUCUGGAGGACGAAGCAUGGUGGUGGCAGCAUCAUGCUGUGGGGAUGUUUUUCAGCGGCAGGGACUGGGAGACUAGUCAGGAUCGAGGGAAAGAUGAACUGAGCAAAGUACAGAGAAUCUUGAUGAAAACCUGCUCCAGAGUGCUCAGGACCUCAGACUGGGGCGAAGGAUUCACCUUCCAACAGGACAACGACACUAAGCACACAGCCAAGACAAUGCAGGAGUGCCUUCGGGACAAGUCUCUGAAAUGUCCUUGAGUGGCCCAGCCAGAGCCCGGACUUGAACCGGGUCGAACAUCUCUGGAGAGACCUGAAAAUAGCUUUGCAGCGAUGCUCCCCAUCCAACCUGACAGAGCUUGAGAGGAUCUGCAGAGAAGAAUGGGAGAAACUCCCCAAAUACAGAUGUGCCAAGCUUGUAGCGUCAUACCCAAGAAGACUAAAGGCUGUAAUCACUGCCAAAAGUCCUUCAAUAAAGUACUGAGUAAAGGGUCUGAAUACUUAUGAUAUUUCGUUUUUUUUGUAUUUUCUUGGUAUAACUUUGCCUGUUUUCGCUUUGUCAUUAUGGGGUAUUGUGUGUAGAUUUAUGAGGAAAAAAAACAAUUUAAUCAAUUUUAGAAUAAGGCUGUAACGUAACAAAAUGUGGAUAAAGUCAAGGGGUCUGAAUACUUUCCGAAUGCACUACAUUGUUUUAUUAGUUUUGAGUCAUUAUGAUUCUCUCUGCCUUUCUUGUGUUAAGCAUCCUAUGUCCCUGUAUUGUUUGGUGGUGUGUGUGACGUGACGUUGUCUUUUCUUGUCCAGUUGUGUAAAAUGAAUGAUUCCAGUGUCUGUGUUUAGUGUGUGGUUAUGAUCGAGUACUGUAUAUGUGGGAGAGGGAGAAAAACAGCUUUCGCUAAUUUACUAUCGGCCCAUGAUUUGACCUGAAAACGGAAAAUUAUCAACUUGAUGUUCUAUAUAACCCAACUAGCCCCCUCCUGAUGGCCUAAGAGCUCCUAAAAGCCAUUGCUCUCAAUAACACUUCACCCCAUAUAUUAGAGCUGUGAUAAUAAUAUAGUGAUUAUAUAUAUAUAUAUAUAUAUAUAUAUAUAUUAUAUAGUCUUUUUUUGUAAUAUAGAGUUCUAAUAUGUCAUUCUCUGUUACUGUGCCUCUUGAACUCCCUCCAGUCGUUAUCGGUGAUCGGCUGCCCAUCCUUGUGUCUACAUCCUGUACUUCAGUGUUUGUUUGCUCUGCCCUGCCCUGCCCUACCCGGAUACAUUAACCUCUGUUACAUAUUAUUUAUUAUCAUGUGGACUUUCACUUCUCGGUCACAUCAAACAGGCCACUGCUUGUUUUGUUUUUGCAUGAGCUGUCAUGUAUAUGCAUAUAUUAUAAUGGAAUGUAUGAUAGAAUUUAUGUAAAUCUAAUUAUCCAUCUGAAAUUAUACAAUGUGUCUGUAUUUAAUGGUGUAUCUAUCUGUUUAUAGAGUAUAGAAUAUAUCAUAUCAUCUGUGUAUAGAAUGUCUAUCUGUAUCUAAUGGUACAUUGAGUUGGCAGUGGCACAAUGUGAUGUUGGGGUUUGUUUCAGGAGGUGAGCGGGUCGGGACCGAUCGGGUCGGGCACAGAGAACGGCACGGCCAUGCCUCCUCCACACAACGCCUACACACAGCAUGGAGAGAGGGUCCGCGCCAUGUCCACAUCCGGAAAGGUAGCAAACACACCCACAGAGAGAGAGAGACUUGCACGCACACACACAAGCAGAGAUACACGAUACACAUACAGACACAAACACACACACACACACACUCGCACCUCCAUAGAAUGCUUAUCAGUUUGUACUUUGAUAUAUGGUCAAUGAUUAAAGCAAAUAAGCACCGGUCCAGUGCAUUCCUCCGUUUGUGAAUCAUUGACAAACCAAUCAGACUUUUUGUAGUCCAUUCAUAAUUAAUGAAUUGUACGAUAAUAACUUAAGAAAUAUUUCCACCAGGAAGUGAUGGAAAACACCUUACAUUUCAUAGGCAUUAUUCCAGGGUAAAUAUAUAGCUGUAACUAAUUAUCUUCUAACAACCACGUAAGUAUAGGCAGUAACCGUUAUUACCGUUGCUCAUUUUGUUUUCCCAAAAAAAAAAGGUGGUAACUGCAUGAUUGCAUCUACCAGUAUUUACUAGGGUGUAAUUCUUAGUGUUCAGCUGACGGUGGCAGCAGAGGCCAAGAGGUUGAGGAGGGAUUCUCUUCUCUUGUACACAUUUCCCUUUUCUUUUUCUUUUCCUAAAUGAUGAUCUAUCUUCUUCCCUCCCUCCCUCCUUCCUUUCUCCCUCUCAUAGCCCCAGAGUGCCCGGGAGCAGCUGGCCCUGACCCUUGGCGGAGGGCUCAACUCUGAGGCCCCCCGCACCAGCCACGACUCCCUCCACUGCUCCAGCGGCUACAGCACGCAGACCACCACGCCCUCCUGCUCCGAGGACACCAUCCCCUCCCACGGUUAGUAGUGACCACCACUCACCACCAUCACCAAACCCCUGCCACGGUUAGUAGUGACCACCACUCACAACCAUCACCAAAACCCUGCCACACACCACUCCUGGGAUACGUCCCAAAUGGCACCCUAAUGCCUACCUAGUGCACAACUUUUGACCAGAACCUACUAUCCCCCAGUGGUCACAGCACUGUGUGCAUGUCCCUCUGUCUGUCUGCCUAUCUGUCUGCCAGUAUGAAAAUGUAUGCACUCACUAACUGUAAGUCGCUCUGGAUAAGAGCGUCUGCUAAAUGACUAAAAUGUUAAAUGUGAUGUAUGUCUGUCUCUCUCUCUCUGGCUCAGCUAGCUCUGUUCUUCAGUUGGUCUCGGUGUCUGGGAUCUUAUAAUGCAUUCUUGUCUUAUUGUUUGUCUGUCUGUGUAUUUGUCAUGAUUGAAGUAUUGUCUAUAUUUGUACUCUUCGGUCUGUUUUCCUACCUGCCUUAUCUGUGUGUCUGCAUAUGUGUCUGUCGGUGUGUCUGUGAUCGUUUUGCAGUGUGCCGCAUGCAUUCAUCUGUCAUUUCACAACCAAAACAGAACCACGUCUUCACUUUUGUCCCAUCCCUGUGUCUGUUUCGACAGCAUUAUCACAGCCCUAGCUAGGUAGCGUUAGCUAGAGCUAGUCGGCUAGACCUGCGCCAAAAAUGCGUUAUUUUUCAUCCUGUAGCUAUUCCUCAGUAUUCUUUUUAAAUAGUGAGCCAAUGUGUUUUCAGCACUUUUAUUUCCACGACUGAUCAAAACUAAUUGUCUCCUGCUCUCUCUUGUCUCUCUGCAGCAGUGAGCAAUAUUUUUGGAACAUCAAAUCACAAUACAAUUGCAGUAUCGAAUCGCAAUACAUAUUGUACCGGCACCUACAGUGCAUUCGGAUAGUGUUCAGACCCCUUGACUUUCUCCACAUUUUGUUACGUUGCAGCCUUAUUCAAAAAUUGAUUCAAUUGUUUUGUUUUUUCUGAUCAAUCUACACACAUCCUCAUAGUGACAAAGCAAAAACAGGUUGUUAUUCAGACCCUUUACUCAGUACUUUAUUCAAUCACCUUUGGCAGCGAUUACAGCCUCGAGUCUUCUUGGGUAUGAUGCUACAAGCUUGGCACACCUGUAUUUGGGGAGUUUCUCCCAUUCUUUUCUGCAGAUCUUCUCAAGCUCUGUCAGGUUGGAUGGGGUGCGUCGCUGCACAGCUAUUUUCAGGUAUCUCCAGAGAUGUUAGAUCGGGUUCAAGUCCGGGCUCUGGCUGGGCCACUCAAGGACAUUCAGAGACUUGUCCCGAAGCCACUCCUUCACCCCAGUCUGAGGUCCUGAGCGUGCUGGAGCAGGUUUUCAUCAAGGAUCUCUCUGUACUGUGCUCAGUUCAUCUUUCCCUCGAUCCUGACUGGUCUCCCACUCCCUGCCACUGAAAAACAUCCCCACAGCAUGAUGCUGCCACCACCAUGCUUCACCGUAGGGAUAGUGCCAGGUUUCCUCCAGACGUGACGCUUGGUAUUCAGGCCAAAGAGUUGAAUCUUGGUUUCAUCAGACCAGAGAAUCUUGUUUCUCAUGGUCUGAGAGUCUUUAGGUGCCUUAUGGCAAACUCCAAGGGGGCUGUCAUAUGCCUUCUACUGAGGAGUGGCUUCCGUCUGGCCACUAUACCAUAAAAGCUUGAUUGGUGGAGUGCUGCAGAGAUGAUUGUCCUUCGGGAAGGUUCUCCCAUCUCCACAGAGGAACUCUGUAGCUCUGUAGGUGACCAUCGGGUUCUUGGUCACCUCCCUGACCAAGGCCCUUCUCCCCCGAUUGCUCAGUUUGGCCGGGCGGCCAGCUCUAGGAAGAGUCUUGGUGGUUCCAAACUUUUUCCAUUUAAGAGUGAUGGACAUUUAUGUUCUUGGGGACCUUCAAUGCUGCAGACAUUUUUUGAUACCCUUCCCCAGAUCUGUGCCUCGACACAAUCCUGUCUAGGAGCUCUACGGAAAAUUCCUUCGACAUUACGGCUUGGUUUUUGCUCUGACAUGCACUGUCAACUGUGGGAGCUUAUAUAGACAGGUGUGUGCCUUUCCAAAUCAUGUUCAAUUGAAUUUACCACAGGUGGACUCCAAGUUGUAGAAACAUCUCAAGGAUGAUCAAUGGAAACAGGAUGCAGCUGAGCUAAAUUUCGAGUCUCAUAGCAAAGGGUCUGAAUACUUAUGUAAAUAAGAUAUUUAUGUUUUUUAUAUUUAAUAAAUGUGCAAAAAUGUCAAACGUUAUGGGGUAAUGUAGAUUGAUUAGGGAGAAAAAUAAUUUAAUCAAUUUUAGAAUAAGGUUGUAAUGUAACAAAAUGUGGAAAAAGUCGAGGGGUCUGAAUACUUUACGAAUGCACUGUAAGUAUCGUGAUAAUAUUGUCUCGUGCAGGGGCCUCCCGAGUGGUGCAGCGGUCUAAGGCACUGCAUCGCAGUGCUUAAGGCGUCACUACAGCCCCGGGUUAGAUCCCAGGCUGUGUCACUGCCGGCCGUGACUGGGAGACCCCUGAGGCGGCGCACAAUUGGCCCAGCGUCGUCCGGGUUAGGGGAGGGUUUGGCCGGCCGUGAGUUCCUUGUCCCAUCGCGUUCUAGCGACUCCUUGUGGUGGGCCGGGCGCCUGCAAGCUGACUUCGGUCGCCAGCUGGAUGGUGUUUUCCUCCGACACAUUGGUGCGGCUGGCUUCCGGGUUAAGCGAGCAGUGCGGCUUGGCAGGGUCGUGUUUCGGAGGACGCAUGGCUCUCGACCUUCGCCUCUCUCGAGUCCGUAGGGGAGUUGCAGCGAUGGGACAAGACUGUAACUACCAAUGGGAUAUCACGAAAUUGGGGAGAAAAAGGGGUAAAAGUACACAAAAAAUUAUAAUUGUCUCAUGCGGUAUCUUGUUUGUUGUAUCAAAAGCCUGUAUGCCGAGAUGUAAAGCCAUACAUAGGUUAUCAGGGACAAUGCCUACAACCCGAGAAUGUUAUUUUACUCCAGUUUGAUCCCUCAAGCAUCAUGGUGCUAGAUUGUCACUUUUGUGAAGCAUCCCCCCCAUUCAACAUAUCUGUUGCUUUUGAUAAUAGAAAAUGAGCUCACAAUAAGUUGUUUUUCUUUUUGUAUAUAAGUUAAAUGCAAUUCUAUAUUCUUUUUCAGCUAUAAAGAAAGAGCUUCCUCUUUAUGGUAGGUUUCUUGUCCAUUACUGUUUAGAUUUGUCCCCUCUCUGUUCCUCACAAGUGAAAUGACAAGAUCAUCCACAGUGAUUUAGUGUGACAUCUGUGCUGUGUGAGUUCUCCUCAUCACAUCAAAUGGCCUUUUGCUAGUGAAAGGAAAGCGUUAGCGUAGAACAUUUGGUGUGUGUGUGUGUGUGUGUGUGUGUGUGUGUGACCCCUAUACGUGUCUGUGCGUCUGUGUGUGACCCCCUGUGUGUAUGUACAGUUGAAGUUGGAAGAUUACAUACACUUAGGUUGGAGUCAUUAAAACUUGUUUUUCAAACCACUCCACACAUUUCUUGUUAACAAACUAUAGUUUUGGCAUGUCGGUUAGGACAUCUACUUUGUGCAUGACACAAGUAAUUUUUCCAACAAUUGUUUACAGACAGAUUAUUUCACUUAUUCACUGUAUCACAAUUCCAGUGGGUCAGAAGUUUACAUACACUAAGUUGACUGUGCCUUUUAAACAGCUUGGAAAAUUCCAGAAAAUGAUGUCAUGGCUUUAGAAGCUUCUGAUAGGCUAAUUGACAUAAUUUGAGUCAAUUGGAGGUGUACCUGUGGAUGUAUUUCAAGGCCUACCUUCAAUCUCAGUGCCUCUUUGCUUGACAUCAUGGGAAAAUCAAAAGAAAUUGUAGACCUCCACAAGUCUGGUUCAUCCUUGGGAGCAAUAUCCAAACGCCUGAAGGUACCACGUUCAUCUGUACAAACAAUAGUAUGCAAGUAUAAACACCCAAGGGACCACACAGCCAUCAUACCGCUCAGCAAGGAGACACGUUCUGUCUCCUAGAGAUGAACGUACUUUGGUGCGAAAAGUGCAAAUCAAUCCCAGAACAACAGCAAAGGACCUUGUGAAGAUGCUGGAGGAAACAGGUACAAAAUUAUCUAUAUCCACAGUAAAACCAGUCCUAUAUCGACAUAACCUGAAAGGCCGCUCAGCAAGGAAGAAGCCACUGCUCCAAAACCGCCAUAAAAAAGCCAGACUACGGUUUGCAACUGGACAUGGGGACAAAGAUCAUUAUUUUUGGAGAAAUGUCCUCUGGUCUGAUUUAAACAAAAAUAGAACUGUUUGGCCAUAAUGACCAUCGUUAUGUUUGGAGGAAAAAGGUGGUGCCUUGCAAGCCGAAGAACACCAUCCCAACCGUGAAGCACGGGGUGGCAGCAUCAUGCUGUGGGGCUGCUUUGUGCACUUCACAAAAUAGAUGGCAUCAUGAGGAAGGAAAAUUAUGUGGAUAUAUUGAAGCAACAUCAAGAAAUCAGUCAGGAAGUUAAAGAUUGGUCGCAAAUGGGUCUUCCAAAUGGACAAUGACCCCAAACAUACUUCCAAAGUUGUGGCAAAAUGGCUUAAGGACAACAAAGUCAAGGUAUUGGAGUGGCCAUCACAAAGCUCUGACCUCAAUCCUAUAGAAAAUGUGUGGGCAGAACUGAAAAGGUGUGUGCGAGAAAGGAGGCCUACAAACCUGACUCAGUUACACCAGCUCUGUCAGGAGGAAUGGGCCAAAAUUCACCCAACUUAUUGUGGGAAGCUUGUGGAAGGCUACCCGAAACGUUUAACCCAAGUUAAACAACUUAAAGGCAAUGCUACCAAAUACUAAUUGAGUGUAUGUAAACUUCUGAUCCACUGAGAAUGUGAUGAAAUAAAUAAAAGCUGAAAUAAAUCAUUCUCUCUACUAUUAUUCUGACAUUACAUUUACAUUUUAGUCAUUUAGCAGACGCUCUAAUCCAGAGCGACUUACAGGAGCAAUCAGGGUUAAGUGCCUUGCUCAAGGGCACAUCGACAGAUUUUUCACCUAGUCGGCUUGGGGAUUAGAACCAGCGACCUUUCGGUUACUGGCACAACGCUCUUAACCACUAAGCUACCUGCCGCCCCGGUAUUUCACAUUCUUAAAAUAAAGUGGUGAUCCUAACUGACCUAAGACAGGGAAUGUUUACUAGGAUUAAAUGUCAGGAAUUGUGAAAAACUGAGUUUAAAUGUAUUUGGCUAAGAUGUAAACUUCCCGACUUCAACUGUAGGUGUUUGUGAGUGAGAUGUGAAGGAGAGACAAAACCUUUGCGUAAGUGGAUGAGUGGAGUUCUUAUGUGAGUGAUUGGGCAUACGCACAUGUUUUGCGUAUGUGGUACUGCCCGGAAAUGGUGUUUUAGUGUGUUUACCAUCAUCGCCUGAUAACAGGUCACCGCUCCGUGCUGACUCACCCCCUUAUCAUACACAGACAAACACACACUCACCCUAAUUUCUUCCUCAUCAGAUACUACUGUUGUAUUUUUCUUUAUAUAUUUUUUUACUUCCUGUCACAAACUGGCCAGUGAUUCAGCAUUGAUACAGAGCCCUAUGUCAAAAUGUGAUCACUAGAUGGGGAAUAGGGUGAAAUUUGGGAUGCAGACAUAAUUAGGUUAUUAUGUUUGGGGCAAAUCUGGACUCUUAGAGUUUCUGUGGUUCUCUAAUAAGUUUUACAUGUCUGAUUCCCACCAAAUACGUCAAGUCUUCAAUGCAGUCUGACGUACUAAAAAUACUAACUUUAGCGUAGAAGAGCUUUGUGCCACGGAACAUUCUUGCUCUUGGUUUAUAAUGGAAUGCAUCAGGUCAGAUUUUCCACCCCAGGCAAAAGCGUCUGCUUUCUUACCAUGUUUUUUUUCCCAGUUAGGAAAGAAAUGCAUUAUGUGUUCCUCCACUCCAAGGAACCACAGGCUUACUCUUGUUCCUCUUCCUCCUCACCCCUCCUUUAUCCCUCUCUCCCUCCUUCUCUACCCACCAGACUACGACUACAUCUCCCUGCACGGGGGCGAGGAGGCGCACCAUGGCCCGCCUGACUUUGACAAGUCCUCCACCAUCCCGCGCAACAGCGACCUCAGCCUGCAGUACCGCAAGAUGAUCCAGAGCAAGCGACCCGCCUCCACAGUCAGCUUGCUGGCCGAGCCCGAGCCGCUGGGCUUGUGCCAGUCGCACACUGCCACCAUCCGCCGCAAGCCCUCUUCCAAGCCUGCCUACCGCCGCGGCACCAUCAGUGGCGGUGUGCCCAUCCCCAUCUGCACCCCCCAGGUGCCCCUCAAAGCCCUGGGCGUAGGAGGAGAGGGGGACAGCGGGAGCAAUGGGGACAUGGGGCCACCAGAGGGUGGUGUGGGUAUGAGCAGGACGGUGGACCACGGACUGGUCCACGCCAAGCACAGCCUGUGCACGUCCACCCAGAGCCUGAGUGCCAUGCCCUUGCACCAUUCUUCGUCCACGUCACCCUACUACUCGCUGAUCCCGGGCCAGGCGCCAGUUCCCAUGGGCAGCUCGGAGCAGCUGUACCAGCUGAGCAAGCAGCAGCAGUACGCCCUGCACCAGCAGCAGCAAAAGCAGUACCAGCAGCAGCACCUGCAGUACAACCAACAGCAGCAGCGGUAUCAACAGCAGCCCCAGACACAACAACAGCAGCAGCCGUUUCAAUUUCAGCAACGGUUCCAGCAACAACAACUGUACCAACAGCAGCUCCAGCAGCAGCAACAACAGAAGCUCCAACAUCAAAAGCAACUUCAGCAACAGCAGCUCCUACAACAACAACAACAACAACAACAACAACAACAACAGCAGCAGCAGCAACCGAUUCAGCAGCAGUCUCAUCUCCCACAACAACACAAUACGUCUGCCACUGCCAACCAGCUGGUGGAGAGCGGGCACUGCCAGCCCCCCCAGCAGCCCCCUGACGCGGAGGAGCCCUGGGGUGGCGGAGGUCACAUGGUCACCAUGAUCCGGGGAGUGAAACUGCGUCGGACCCUGACCAACGACCGCUCUGCCCCCUUCAUCCCCCCGGCCAGCCAUCUCAAAUGA